ACUUUUUUUUUUUUAACUCGGUCUGAAUAUUAUUUUUACUUUUGAGUGGCUCGGAUUCGGAUUCCUCUGUUAAAGGGGUUUCACGAAAAUUGGGGAUCAGUGGUGGAUUUGACGAAUGUGAUUUAGGGUUAGGGUUUUGUCUGCAUGCCCCCUUCCUUACUAGGAUCAUGGUGUCUCCGAAGCAUUUAGAAUUCUCUUCCUCCGGUGGUGCUGCUGACUCCGACGAUACCUUCUCCCAGCAAAAAUCACCGCGGAAUCCUUCCUCAAAGCGUCCCGCUGCUUCCGACGCAGCAGAAGAAGAAGCGACUAAGAAAAAGAAGAAGAAGAAGAAGAAGAAGACGACGACGACAAAAUUGAGUUCGCCGUUGUUCAUCCGGAUCUGGAACGAGGAAGAUGAACUCUCUGUCUUAAAGGGAUUAGUUGAUUACAGAGCCAAGACAGGAUUCCAAAGCAAAAUCGAUUGGGAUGCUUUUUAUCGCUUCCUUGGAGGUUCAAUCGCUGAGAAAUACUCCAAGGAGCAGGUUUUGGGUAAGAUCAGGAAGUUGAAAAAGAGAUUCCUUGUUCACUUGGAGAAGAUCAAUCAAGGUAGUGAUCCCAAGUUUACUAGGGCUAGUGAUUCUGAAGCUUUUGGCUUUUCCAUGAUGAUUUGGGGACAAAAUGAAGUUGGUCAUGAUGAUGGUGAUGAUGAUGAUGAUGAUGGAAUUGAUAAGGAGAUGUUGAAGGAACAGGAGGAACCCUUGAAUGAAAAUGGGCUAGUGAAAGUAACUGACAACAACGGGACUGCUCGACUAGAACAGCAGAGAGGGAAUGGGGAAGAGAUGUUGAAGGAGCACGAGGAUGUGGCUAAUACUGAACGGUUAAAUGAGAAUGGGGCAGCCAAAGUAACGGAGAAUGGGACUACUGCUGGAAAAGAGAGUCAUAACAAUGAUGAUGAUGAGUUAUGCGCUGUGCGUGACGCAUUUGAGACCGUUAUGUCGCAAGGUUUAAGUGAUUAUCAAAGGAAGCUGCAGCUUGAGAAGCUGAUGAACAUUGGAGCUGGUAAAAGAAGAAAGUUGAGCGAUGAAUGGAAAGCGUUAUGUGUUGAGGAAAGAAAAUUGAAUAUCAAGAAGCUCAGAUUUUCAGCCAAGCUUGCAGAAGCAGCAAAUGAUGGUUAGAUGAAACCACGAAGCCCUUUUCGCAUUCUGUCUUGUUUAGUUUCUUAGUAGUCAUAAGUUUUCUACUGUUCAGUGUAGUUAUCUUUUGUUCUUUUGCUGAUCUACUUGGGAAAGCUUUGUGUAAGAUAAUCUAGUUUUCUUCCUUAAGUAUCCACAGGAGUCAUGUCCUUUGUUGGAUAUAGUUUGGUUACAUAUUCCAUAACAUCUAGUGGCACCAAUCAGUCAAUAAAGUGGCACCAUUUUAUA